CUCAGCAUCAUUAUGGACACUCUUGAAAAGUGGUUCAGAGACAAUGGUGGCUACCUGCAUCCAUCAGUUCAGCUUGCUCAAGAUGCUGAACAUGGCUCCCAUUUCCGAGCCACAGCGAGCAUUGAGCCUGGUACACACGUUCUCACGGUACCUCAUAAUCUAGCAAUGUCAAAUCUGAAUGCGCAGGUGGAUGACAAUUUCCCCGUCUUCAAAAUUCACGCUCAGCAAUUCACUGUCCAAAGUCUCGGGUACUUCUAUUUGAUGGCGCAGUGGCUGAAUAAGGACAAGUCUUUCUGGAAACCUUAUCUGGAUACGCUACCUUCUCCUGAACGAGGUUUCGAGACUCCGAUGUUCUAUGGUGAGGAUGACCGCCAAUGGCUGGAAGGCACGGAUCUUCACGCAUCUGUGCUUGGUAGAGAGGCUGCAUGGAAGAAGUAUUGGGAGGAUGGAGUGCAGGUCAUGCAAUCCGCUGGCAUGGAUGUAAAAAACUACACAUGGCUGCCAAAGUAUGGAACAUUCAACAUCAUGCUUCAUGGCGAGUACACUGAGUUUCUUUUCAAAUGGGCUGCCACAGUGUACUCAUCACGUAGUUUCAAUGGCUCGACCGUCACACCACAAGACAGUCAAUCCUGGACAGCCUACAAGCAUACUCCGAAUGGCACUGAGACCGUCCUCCUUAAUCAAAACGACUACCCUGAGGACUGGAAGACAUUUUCUGUCCUCUUCCCAGGCAUGGACAUUGGAAACCACAAUCCAAAUGCUCAUGUGAAAUGGGCUUACGACCCCGAUAGCUUCAGCUUGACCAUCUCGGAGGAAGUCCAAUCAGGCUCGCAGAUCUACAACAACUAUGGCCCCAAGUCGAGUGAGGAACUCUUGAUGGGUUAUGGUUUUUGUGCACCUAACAAUCCUUAUGACGGACUGCUCUUGGCCAUGAGACCUCCACCACCACCACUCCAACAGAUGCUGAGUAUCACUCAUCCUCAGUACUUCAAAACUACAGGAGAGUGGAACUCCGAGGCUGCAACAUUCCGUCUACUACGUGCAAAGUUGCAAGAAACAAGCAAUGCAAGCCCUUUCGACCAAGCCUGGGGAUGUGUACCAGCACCUCUAGCAGAACUCUUCUGUUAUGUCGUUCAACUAGAGAGGGGCGUAGAUGUCGCUCCCAUCGAGGAUGCUGAAGAGUACCUCUAUCAGGGUGACGGCAAACGCUACUUACCUCGCAUCGCACUCUACAUCAUGAUAAGAAGCAAAUGA